AUGAUCAUAUAUGACACGCGUGAACUCUGUUGUGCUCUUUUACUCUGUUUAUAUAUGAUCAUAUAUGACACACGUGAACUCUGUUCUGCUCUUUUACUCUGUUUAUAUAUGAUCAUAUUGGACACACGGGAACUCUGUUGUUCUCUUUUACUCUGUUUAUAUAUGAUCAUAUAUGACACACGUGAACUCUUUUGUGCUCUUUUACUCUGUUUAAAUAUGAUCAUAUAUGACACACGUGAACUCUGUUCUGCUCUUUUACUAUGUUUAUAUAUGAUCAUAUAUGACACACGUGAACUCUGUUCUGCUCUUUUACUCUGUUUAUAUAUGAUCAUAUUAGACACACGUGAACUCUGUUGUGCUCUUUUACUCUGUUUAUAUAUGAUCAUAUAUGACACACGUGAACUCUGUUCUGCUCUUUUACUCUGUUUAUAUAUGAUCAUAUUGGACACACGGGAACUCUGUUGUUCUCUUUUACUCUGUUUAUAUAUGAUCAUAUAUGACACACGUGAACUCUUUUGUGCUCUUUUACUCUGUUUAAAUAUGAUCAUAUAUGACACACGUGAACUCUGUUCUGCUCUUUUACUAUGUUUAUAUAUGAUCAUAUAUGACACACGUGAACUCUGUUCUGCUCUUUUACUCUGUUUAUAUAUGAUCAUAUUAGACACACGGGAACUCUGUUGUGCUCUUUUACUCUGUUUUUAUAUGAUCAUAUAUGACACACGUGAACUCUGUUGUGCUCUUUUACUCUGUUUAUAUAUGAUCAUAUAUGACACGCGUGAACUCUGUUGUGCUCUUUUACUCUGUUUAUAUAUGAUCAUAUAUGACACGCGUGAACUCUGUUGUGCUCUUUUACUCUGUUUAUAUAUGAUCAUAUAUGACACGCGUGAACUCUGUUGUGCUCUUUUACUCUGUUUAUAUAUGAUCAUAUAUGACACACGUGAACUCUGUUCUGCUCUUUUACUCUGUUUAUAUAUGAUCAUAUUGGACACACGGGAACUCUGUUGUUCUCUUUUACUCUGUUUAUAUAUGAUCAUAUAUGACACACGUGAACUCUUUUGUGCUCUUUUACUCUGUUUAAAUAUGAUCAUAUAUGACACACGUGAACUCUGUUCUGCUCUUUUACUAUGUUUAUAUAUGAUCAUAUAUGACACACGUGAACUCUGUUCUGCUCUUUUACUCUGUUUAUAUAUGAUCAUAUUAGACACACGGGAACUCUGUUGUGCUCUUUUACUCUGUUUUUAUAUGAUCAUAUAUGACACACGUGAACUCUGUUGUGCUCUUUUACUCUGUUUAUAUAUGAUCAUAUAUGACCCACGUGAACUCUGUUCUGCUCUUUUACUCUGUUUAUAUAUGAUCAUAUAUGACACACGUGAACUCUGUUGUGCUCUUUUACACUGUUUUUAUAUGAUCAUAUAUGACACACGUGAACUCUGUUGUGCUCUUUUACUCUGUUUAUAUAUGAUCAUAUAUGACACACGUGAACUCUGUUGUGCUCUUUUACUCUGUUUUUAUAUGAUCAAAUAUGACACACGUGAACUCUGUUGUGCUCUUUUACUCUGUUUAUAUAUGAUCAUAUAUGACACACGUGAACUCUGUUCUGCUCUUUUACUCUAUUUAUAUAUGAUCAUAUAUGACACACGUGAACUCUGUUGUGCUCUUUUACUCUGUUUAUAUAUGAUCAUAUAUGACACACGUGAACUCUUUUGUGCUCUUUUACUCUGUUUAAAUAUGAUCAUAUAUGACACACGUGAACUCUGUUCUGCUCUUUUACUCUGUUUAUAUAUGAUCAUAUAUGACACACGUGAACUCUGUUCUGCUCUUUUACUCUGUUUAUAUAUGAUCAUAUAUGACACACGUGAACUCUGUUCUGCUCUUUUACUCUGUUUAUAUAUGAUCAUAUAUGACACACGUGAACUCUGUUCUGCUCUUUUACUCUGUUUAUAUAUGAUCAUAUUAGACACACGUGAACUCUGUUCUGCUCUUUUACUCUGUUUAUAUAUGAUCACAUAUGACACACGUGAACUCUGUUGUGCUCUUUUACUCUGUUUAUAUAUGAUCAUAUAUGACACACGUGAACUCUGUUCUGCUCUUUUACUCUGUUUAUAUAUGAUCAUAUAUGACACACGGGAACUCUUUUGUGCUCUUUUACUCUGUUUAUAUAUGAUCAUAUAUGUCACACGUGAACUCUGUUCUGCUCUUUUACUCUGUUUAUAUAUGAUCAUAUAUGACACACGUGAACUCUGUUCUGCUCUUUUACUCUGUUUAUAUAUGAUCAUAUUAGACACACGGGAACUCUGUUGUGCUCUUUUACUCUGUUUUUAUAUGAUCAUAUAUGACACACGUGAACUCUGUUGUGCUCUUUUACACUGUUUUUAUAUGAUCAUAUAUGACACACGUGAACUCUGUUGUGCUCUUUUACUCUGUUUAUAUAUGAUCAUAUAUGACACACGUGAACUCUGUUGUGCUCUUUUACUCUGUUUAUAUAUGAUCAUAUAUGACACACGUGAACUCUGUUGUGCUCUUUUACUCUGUUUAUAUAUGAUCAUAUAUGACACACGUGAACUCUGUUGUGCUCUUUUACUCUGUUUAUAUAUGAUCAUAUAUGACACACGUGAACUCUGUUCUGCUCUUUUACUCUGUUUAUAUAUGAUCAUAUUAGACACACGUGAACUCUGUUGUGCUCUUUUACUCUGUUUUUAUAUGAUCAUAUAUGACACACGUGAACUCUGUUCUGCUCUUUUACUCUGUUUAUAUAUGAUCAUAUAUGACACACGUGAACUCUGUUGUGCUCUUUUACUCUGUUUAUAUAUGAUCAUAUAUGACACACGUGAACUCUGUUGUGCUCUUUUACUCUGUUUAUAUAUGAUCAUAUAUGACACACGUGAACUCUGUUCUGCUCUUUUACUCUGUUUUUAAACGAUCAUAUAUGACACACGUGAACUCUGUUCUGCUCUUUUACUCUGUUUAUAUAUGAUCAUAUAUGACACACGUGAACUCUGUUCUGCUCUUUUACUCUGUUUAUAUAUGAUCAUAUAUGACACACGUGAACUCUGUUCUGCUCUUUUACUCUGUUUAUAUAUGAUCAUAUAUGACACACGUGAACUCUGUUCUGCUCUUUUACUCUGUUUAUAUAUGAUCAUAUAUGACACACGUGAACUCUGUUGUGCUCUUUUACUCUGUUUAUAUAUGAUCAUAUAUGACACACGUGAACUCUGUUGUGCUCUUUUACUCUGUUUAUAUAUGAUCAUAUAUGACACACGUGAACUCUGUUGUGGUCUUUUACUGUGUUUAUAUAUGAUCAUAUAUGACACACGUGAACUCUGUUCUGCUCUUUUACUCUGUUUUUAUAUGAUCAUAUAUGACACACGUGAACUCUGUUGUGCUCUUUUACUCUGUUUAUAUAUGAUCAUAUAUGACACACGUGAACUCUUUUGUGCUCUUUUACUCUGUUUAUAUAUGAUCACAUAUGACACACGUGAACUCUGUUGUGCUCUUUUACUCUGUUUAUAUAUGAUCAUAUAUGACACACGUGAACUCUGUUGUGCUCUUUUACUCUGUUUAUAUAUGAUCAUAUAUGACACACGGGAACUCUUUUGUGCUCUUUUACUCUGUUUAUAUAUGAUCAUAUAUGACACACGUGAACUCUGUUGUUCUCUUUUACUCUGUUUAUAUAUGAUCAUAUAUGACACACGUGAACUCUGUUGUGCUCUUUUACUCUGUUUAUAUAUGAUCAUAUAUGACACACGGGAACUCUGUUGUUCUCUUUUACUCUGUUUAUAUAUGAUCAUAUAUGACACACGUGAACUCUGUUGUGCUCUUUUACUCUGUUUAUAUAUGAUCAUAUAUGACACACGUGAACUCUGUUGUGCUCUUUUACUUUGUUUAUAUAUGAUCAUAUAUGACACACGUGAACUCUGUUCUGCUCUUUUACUCUGUUUUUAUAUGAUCAUAUAUGACACACGUGAACUCUGUUGUGCUCUUUUACUCUGUUUAUAUAUGAUCAUAUAUGACACACGUGAACUCUUUUGUGCUCUUUUACUCUGUUUAUAUAUGAUCAUAUAUGACACACGUGAACUCUGUUCUGCUCUUUUACUGUGUUUAUAUAUUAUCAUAUACAGUGGUGGACAGUAACGAAGUAAAUGUAAUCCGUUUCUCUACUUAAGUAGUUUUUUUGUGUAUCUGUACUUUACUCAAGUAUUUCAAUUUUGGGAGACUUAUACUUUUACUCCACUACAUUUCAAAGUAAAAUAUCGUACUUUUUACUCUACUACAUUUUCACAAUCAGUCGUUCCUUUUAUUUAUAAAUCAGUAAAAACUUAACUGGUAGAACAAGCCACCAAUCACAGUACAUCACGCGCUUUAUUUUGAAUUUGUUUUGUUUUGUCUCUGUUGUCGAAGUAACGUUAUCUACUUAGCGCGAAAAUACGAUUCAACACAUCAGAUUCAGUGCAACUGUCAACGUAACAUUUUGACUGCCAAUCUCUUAAGUUAAAUCAUGGAAGAAACUGCAGAAUCUAACUUGCCACAAAACCCAAGGCCUUAUUUACGCGAUUUUUUUGAGAUCGUUGAAAAGAAGAACGAGUCUUUAAUUUUUAAGUGCCUUCUCUGCCUGCCGCGGUCCUGUACAAUUUCUUCAAACAAGAAUUCUCCUUUCAAUCUAAGGAAACGCAUAGAGGUAAGCCAUUUUAAUUUCACUCAUUUAAAAUAAAGAGAUAUAAAUCUAACAGUAGCUUGCAGAACACAUUUUGGUUAAAAUAUAGACUGUUACGCUACCAUGAACUUUGUACACGUCGUCAGCAAAGUAAACUUAUCUGUUUCACCUUAUUUCAUAUUUGAAUUUGAAACUUUUCAAGCUGAGUGCUCUGAUAUUGUGAAAUGGGAAUCAAUCGAAUUUAACAUUUUAUGUUGGAAUUUAAAUGAAUUAUAUUUUGACUAGGCUGCACCGAUUCAAUUCACAUUUAUUUGUAUUAGUGUUUUUUCACAAUACAUAUAGUUUCAAUGCAGCUUGAAUUUGUCUACAUAAAUAUUUUGAGUGAUCUGUUAUCAGAGGUGACUGUCUAAGUUAUCUAAAUGUACAGUUUUAAGAUAAUACAAAUCAUGCUGUUAUAGCUAACAUCAUGUAUUAAUUUAAAUAAGGAAAAAAAUGCAAAUUAAAGUAAUUAUUACAAGUUGGGAACACAAUGAUUAUAUUAUAAGAAAAUUUUGCAUUGGUGCAUGUAUGAUGCUAAAACAGUUGGUGGAGUGGAGUGUUCCUUAUUAACAGGUAUUGUUAGUUUCAAAAGCUUCCAAAGACUGAUCUAACUAAGCCUAUGCUGAAAAUAAUAUACUCUGUAUUUCUUAUGACAUGCUAAAAGAAAAGCACAUAAAUAUAUAUUUUAUUAUUUUAUUUAAUCAAAGAGUGGAGACUGAUCUCUGGUAUGUAGUUAAUGUUUUGAAUGUUGCCUUUUUGCAGAGAAAACAUGGUAGCCACAUGCAGAGAUAUAUUGCCAUUACAGCACCAAGGAAAAGAAAAAUGGAGAGCGAGGAGGCUCCUUCAACUUCCAGACAGUUGAAAUUGAGCGAAACCAAGCUAGUCACACAGAAGAAUGUUGAUCAUGCAGUGUUGAAUUUUGUGACCCACAGUCUACAACCCUUUAGUGUGGUGGACCAGCCAUCGUUUCAAGCUUUCUUGCAUUAACUUCAGCCAAAAGCCUCUCUCAUGUCAAGGACCACUUUGCGACGUAAGAUGGAUGUGGCAGCACUUGAAAUGAAGAAAAAUAUGAAAAAAGCAAUGUCGGAGAUCGAUUUCAUAGCAACGACAACAGAUUUUUGGAGUUCAAAGAGAAGAGGUUUCAUCGCUGUCACUGGCCACUGGGUUGAUCCCAACAGUCUGGAGAGGUGCUCAGUAGCACUAGCAUGCAGGCAGCUCAAAGGUCCACAGACUUUUGAUGUUUUAGCUUGCACACUAAAUGACAUACAUUCUGAAUUCGGCAUACAGAACAAGCUUGUUCGAACUACUAGUCAUGCACUAUGGAAUAAGUGUGGCAGAUCUGCUUCUGCUGCAGAGAUUAUAGAAGACGCUUGCAAAAUUCAGCUGAUCCGCCCCAACACAACAAGGUGAAAUUCCUUAUUUCUCGCCAUUGAGAGAAUGCUUUGAAUAAUUAAAGAUCAGGGAGAGGGGGCUAUCAGAACCGUCUGCUCUUCACUCGAGUUGCCAAUGUUGAGUCCAGUUGAAAUUUUUAUCUUUCUGGAGGAGUAUGCCAGAACCAUGAGCCCCGUUGCCAAAGCCCUCAACAUUCUUCAGGCUGAAAUUGACGUUCAGAUGGGAUGGCUUCUGCCUCCUCUGACCCUCCUCAUCUCGAAACCUGACCGAAUUGGCAUUACUUCCAGGUACUGCAAACCUCUGGUUGAUGCCCUCCAAAAAGUCCUGCAGCAGCGCUUUGGAGACAUGCUGGUGGAGCCAGAGUUUAUUGCGCCUGCAAUCCUUGUCCCGAAAUUUAAAACAUCCUGGACAUCAGAUGAAAACAUUGUCAAACUAGGUUGACACACGUGAACUCAUCUGGCGCUCCCUCACCUCCAUUCUCUGGGUUCACCACAUCCCUCCUCCACACCACGAGCCGUCUUUACUUCAGCAGCGGGGUUAUGAUCAGGGUCCAGACACACACUGAGCUCAGAGCCCUCGCCACGGGACAGCUCGACAAACACAAUUACUAUCUGUCCCACUUCAUUAUCUGUAAAAUGAAUUUGUGACUCCACUGUUUCUCUCUACAGAAAUACAUAGAAAAUAGAGACGAGGACAGAAACAUCGUCACAGAAGCCACAGAAUUCAUUAACAUAAUACAUUAGAUAUAAAGUAGUAACAUAAUAUUAAAUGAUUAACUUUAUUUGUUUAUUACCAUAACUUGUUCUUUGUAAAUGCAGGUUUCUUUGUUAUAAAAUAAAUCAAGUAAUGCUCAUUUAAGCUUGAAACAUGAAUGUAGAUUUGACAUCAAGUGGUGAAUGUGUCUGUAGAAUAAGAAAACAAUGUCUCAUGUCAUGAUUCUGUCUUCACUGAUCUUUUGUCUCUCCUAUAAGAGGUUGUUAGAGUGUCAGUCAAGACUUUUCCUUCAUCUUCUAUCUGAAUAUAUCAACAAAUCAAAUGAUUCUUGACUGCUAUGAAUUGCCUUAUUUACUUUCUAUUACUGCCAAACGUAUUGUUGCUUUCAUUCACUGAUUUACUUGUAUGUGUGUGGAUGACUUUUAAGUUCACAUGAGGAUGUAAAUAUGAGGCAUGAGAAACAUUAAUCAUUUAAUGUAAAUACUCAUCAUAGUUUUGUUAAUAUCAUAUGAACAGUUGAGUUGUGAAAAAUAUAAAAUCCACAUCAGUUGGUGGUCUGACUUGACUAAGACCACCCAAAUCUAUACGCAGGUAAGCUGGGCGUACUUGUAAAUCUCAUUGUAUCGUCGACUGUUCCAGAACUGUACGAUCAGAAUACUCAAGUGUGUGCAGCUCAUGUCCCAGAUGAUUGAUUCAUGAACCUGUGAGAGAUCAAGACCGGCUGUGCACAAAUUCUGUCAAAAUGCUUCACGUAAAUGACGUAAUUUUACUGUUAUUCUUACACUUAAGCAGAAGAGUUAUUCAUAAAGGUUCAUAAGUGUUAAGAUUAGGUCUCAGCUCCUUAAUGAUUUAGGAGAGCUGAAGAGGUCUCCUCACCUAUUAAGAGUAACAAGAUGGCAGUACAAAGGCAGAUACCAUGGACUUUACAACAAAGAAACAAUGUGUUGAUGAUUUGAUGACAUAUUAUUAUAUGAUUAAAUAAGACAAUUGAAUAUUAUAAACAUUUUUUAAAUCCAUUUAUAAGUAUUUUGCAUCUUUGGUCUUUCCUUUAUAUAGCCUACAGUUGUGAGUGUAAUAGGAGGUGAUUCAGCAGCUUAAUUCUAAAAAGUUAACUGUUAAAACCCAAUUAAAAGUGUAUGAAACCAAGCCAAUAUGGAUACAUAUUUGUAAUAUUUUUGUGAAUUUUUUUUAACUUUUGCAUCUCUGUCGACAUCUCUGUUUAAAAAAUGAAGUUGCAGUUUACUUUAUGUAUUUAUCUCCAUAUGGGUUGAACUUAACCAAUGUUAACUUUCACACAUAAGCAUACGGCUCAAUAUAUCCAUCACUAUUACAAGAUUAACAUUGUAAAUCAGGGGAAGGUAGAAAGAGAGUUUUCAACACUGAUUUUAUGUACAUGAUCAAUAACAAAAGUUUGGUUUAUUUUACCCAAAUAAGUCAUGGA